UGUUACCUACAAGCGAAAAGAGGGUGGCAUGGAAAACUUUCAGCCCCUUGAAGCUUCAUCAGAGAGAUUCCUCACACCUGUCAUGUCUUAGUAGCUUGAUGAUUCACCGUCGCCUUAGUAACAAAUCAACUCGAGCGCGCCCUCUCCUUCAGUGGAAAACAAACCUCUGAGUUUAACAUCAAAAGGGUACAAUAUGCUCAAUCCACAAGUACCACCGUGCAUUGAACGUAACCCAGGGAGAGUGUCAUAAAAGGAAUCCUAACUCUUUGCGUAGAAUCAUAGUUCAUGCCACCUACCUAACUAUUCCAACCCAUUCCAACGUGACGAUACUGGGGUUAGAGCACAUGUUGCCCACAUUUAACACACACGAUUCAAGAAAAUAGAGUCAGCUUUCUCUCUCUUGAUAGCAUUGUCAGAAUCUAGGAUGAUCGGUGAUACUGAAAAUGUGGGUACAUCUAAAUCUUCCACGAAAAGUAUACCGUCCAGCAGCGAUGACCUCAGCCAAAUCACCGACGCAGGUGGUGAAUCCGUUCUGGCCCCAAUUCAGCUUCUGGGAGAAUUUUUAACAUCAGUAAUGACGAAAAACUACCGUUCAGCACUUAAAUCUUGCGAGUUAAUUCUCAAAUAUGAGCCAAAUUAUUCGACCGCAAAAGAAUUUUUUCCUCUCCUUCAAGAAAAGUGCAACCAAAUUCAAGAGGACGACGAUGACGAAAACAACGGUGAUGAUGAUGGUGAUGAUGAAGAUGAUGACAAUGAUGACGACUAUACUGAUGAUGAUGGCGGUGACUCCGAUGAAGAUAAUGAUGAUGAUGAUGAUAAUGAAGAUAGCACAAGUGACUGUAAUGAUACUGGGUCUGAUUACAGUGAUGAUGAUGGAGAUGAAGACAAUCAAUUUUCUAGUUAUUUAAUUUAAUUUUCUAGUGAGUAGGGUUUUUUAUAAAGUAAAAAUGAAGCUGGCCGAACUGCUGUCAGGGAAAAGAUCGGAACCAUAUUUACCCGCGUACCAUUUUGCAACGAAAAUAUUAGAAUGUAAUUCAAAAAAGGGAAUGCAUGUAAUGACGAUAUUUCCGCAUAAUUGGUUCCAUUAAUACAACUUUUGAAUGUGAAAUUACAAGGAGAAAUUAUGCAACUUAUUUUUUAUUGCAAUGAAUUUUCAAUGGCAAGUGCCCCUUCAAUUAGUCGAUAGGCAACAUACACAACACUGGUAAGCAGUGGUAAUAUUUUUCCCCUGUAGAUGCAAUUUAUUACCAACAGUUCCUCCGUUACUAAGGUUAUUUGCUCGCCCUGCAAAGGUCAGCAGAUUUUCUUAAAAAGAGAGUCAAUUUUCAUCCGAUUAGUCACCGCACCCC